AUGGCUUCAAAAUGCCUCAGAAUUUCCGUUCUUCCUAAAGGCUCAAUUUCCUCUCCGGUAACUCAGACUGUACAGCAAACCAAGCCUAAGUCUCCCCCACCUUCUCCCCCACUACCAGCAUUUACACUUGAAGAUAUACAGGAUGCUUUGGGAAAAACAGCACGACAGAUUAAAGAAGAGAUGGCAGAGCUUUUUGAGGAUAAAAGUAGGGAGAUGAGGGAGGACAUAGUGCUUGCACUUCAAGAGUUAGCAGCCCAUAUAGAGCGUCUAGAUGAGCGUGUGGAUGAUGUGGUGGAAAAUGCUGAAAGAUUAGAAGAUAGAGUUGUUCCCUAUGCUUCAGGAACCCACUUUUCCUGCACACUCCUCCAUGAGCGGAUCCUCACCCUCGCAGAGAGGAUGGAGAGCAAUUCUGGACCUCAGGGUCUGAUUCAUUACAUCACAUGCACGAUGCAAUCACUCCAGUCCAUCCUGGACGGCAUCAGUCAGGGAGACUCCCUGGUGUCAAUAGAUUCCACGGAGGUGUAUCUCCACUUCCCCAUCCCUCCAGCUCACCGGCAGUUCCUCAGGUUCUCUUACAGGAACAGGCACAUCCAGUACAAGGCCCGUUGGUAUGGCCUCUCCUUGGCUCCCAGGAUAUUCAUCAAGAUCCCAACUGUACUGGCUGCCCACAUACGGAAGAUCAGGGACCGUCAGAUACGGGUCUUCAUGGUCAAAGUGGCGCCCAAGGUCCACAUGAACCGGCAGGCUGCCACAGAUGUAUCUUUCUCAUUUAAUGUUGGAAAUGGCCCAGUAGAAAUUAUUAUCAAGUCACCCCAUCCACUCACUGACGAUCAGUGGCAUCAAGUGAUUGCAGAGCGCAAUGUCAAAGAAGCCAGCCUGCAAGUAGAUCAGUUCCCCAGAGAGAUCCAGAAGGCUCCCACUGAAGGCCACACUCGACUAGAACUCUAUAGCCAGCUGUAUGUUGAUGUUGGAGCCUUUUUUGAAGAAGGAAUGUGGCUCCAGUAUAAUUUUUCAUCUGUAGGAAAUAAUAUGAAGGAUUCAGGGAGCAAAACUCCCUUGAGCUCCAAAGAAUCAGAGAACUUUGUAUCAGACCUCAGUCUCAAUAAAGAAGAAAUCAGUUUUAGCUUCAGCACUAGCAAAGCUCCUUGUAUCCUGCUUUACAUCAGUGCUUAUUCUCAAGACUACAUGGCAGUGCUAGUGACUCCAGCUGGAAGUUUACAGGUUCGAUACAAACUUGGAGGUGCUAAAGAACCAUACAACAUCAAUAUAGAUCACAGGAAUAUGUCUAAUGGGCAGCCACACAGUGUGAAUAUCACGCGGGCAGGAAAAGACAUAAUUCUCCAGCUGGACCUUUAUCCCCCAGUAAGCUACACCAUACCAGGACCUUCGAGCCUUCAGUUCAGCUCAUUGAAGUCACUCUUUCUAGGAAAAGUAAUAGAACUUGGAAAGAUUGAUCAAGACAUAGAUAAAUAUAACACACCAGGAUUUUCUGGUUGCCUGUCACGUGUAAAGUUCAACCAGAUUACUCCACUCAAGGCAGCCUUGAGACAGACCAAUAUUUCCUCUGACAUUUACACAGAAGGAGAACUUGUAGAAUCCAACUGCGGAGCAAAUCCACAAACUAUCCAACCAAUGUCUUCUACGACAGACCCUUGGCAUCCAGAUUCAGGUGCUGAACUUCCUUAUAAUGGUCAAGUAAUAGGAAGUGGUGUUAACAGAAAUUCAGCAAUUAUUGGAGGUAUUAUUGCUGUUGUGAUCUUCACCAUUCUCUGCACCCUGGUGUUCCUCAUUCGAUAUAUGUUCCGCCACAAGGGAACCUACCAUACCAAUGAAGCCAAGGGGGCAGAAUCUGCUGAGAGUGCAGAUGCCGCUAUUAUGAACAAUGAUCCCAAUUUUACAGAAACCAUUGAUGAGAGCAAAAAAGAGUGGCUUAUCUAAAAUGAGAUGGGAGGAGGAAACAGCAGGGAUUGGGAUGGGGUUGCGGAACAUUUUUUUCAACAAGCUCUCUAAUGGACUCUUGAGCACAUCUAAUUUUAAAAAGGAGGAGAUCAGCACAACUCAAAGUGCAAAUGACAGACAAACACUGAGACUGCAAACCCAAGCAAGCAGAAAAGAAUAUUGAUUUAUCUUGAUUUGCCCUUUUUGUACACAUUCAAUCCAAGAAAAUAAUCCAAGCAGUUCAGUAAUUUAAGCAGUUCACCAUUGCCAAUAAAUAUUGUUGUCUAUCUGUGCUUAGAGUUGUUUAAAAAUACCUAUCACUACAAGGAUCACUUUUCUGUGUUUUUUAAUCCCUUUAGAAUACAAAUAUUUCUCUCUAAACAAUAAGAUUUCUGUUUUUGAAGGCUAGGAGCAUUCUUGUCUAGCCUUUUAAUAUCAUGUUCUAAAAAGGAUGUGAUAAUAAUUGAAACAUACAUUGUCAUUUGAUUUGAUUUGAACAUUAAAAGUAUUAGAUUGCAGGGUACUUUCAAAUGGCUUUAUAAAUUCUCAGAAUUCUCUGUAAUUGUUUGAAAAAGCCAGGAAUCCCAAGUAUAUCGUUUUUUUAUUGAUGUAAACAUGUUAGUCUCAUUUCCUAUCUGAAAUAAGAUACAAAGUGCCAAUAAACAGCAUUGCUCCAUUUUCUGAGAAUAAGAAUAUUGGCGUUUCACAGAAAGCUUUUGUCCCACAGUAAUCUCCAACAUUACUGAAUUACAAAUUUCAUAGAAAAUAAUAUUUCAGUGGCUGUCAAUCUAUGGGGACAGCUCACAGAAUUAUUCUCUUUGGGAGAAGCCAUAACUAUGAAAUUAUCUUAAAAACCUACUUACAAUAAAUGGCCCUUCAGAAAGCAAGAACUCAGGCUUCAAGACAUGCCUGGGAUAAAACCAGAUUUCCAUAUUUUUGACAGGCCAUCAAUCUGUUAGCAUUUUGAAAUCUCCACCUGAUUUGGGUAUAUAUAAUAAUAUUGUGAGUAAUGAAGACAUACUGUUAUUUUCAUUCUUGUUGUCAGAAAGGCACACAUUAAUGCACAAAAAGCCUUAUUAAUUUCCUUGCUGUAGCUCUGUUACAACUCUUCUGACCUGAGAUCACCAUGUGACAUUUGUUCCACUUGUGACAUAACUGAUUUAUGUAGGUACAUAAAUACAUUCUAGGGAAUUAGAACCACAUUUAUAUGUUCAUUGAAAAUGGAUUCUCAUAAAUUCACAACAUUAUAGGCAUAUUACUAUUUAACAAACAAAUUUAAUACACAAUACAUGCUUUUUUUGUUCUUUAAAUCUUCAUAAAUCCUGAUUUGAAAUAGAUUUUUGAAACAAUUUUCCCUUUAGUACAGUGGUUCCCAACCUUUUCUAUACCCCGCACCCCUAGAACACUUCUGAUAUAUUUUCACACCCCUUACAAAAGUUCAAAAUAACUGCAACAAAUUAUGCAUAUAGACUAUAAUUUUGAAAACUCAAGUUUUUGCACCCCCUGCAAUAUCGUCUCACACCCCCAGGGGGUGCAAGCACCCCUGGUUGGAACUGCUGCUUUAGUGGAAAAGCAAAAAUGAAAGGACUGAAUAAUCCUGUCACCAGAGAGCUCAGAAUUACAUAUUCCAAAGCAUGACUUUUUCUUAUGGGCAGGUUUGUUGAAUCUGUUAUUCAGGGAUAAGAGUCACAUUGCUGAAUUGAAAUGUACAUAUCCCUGAAAGAGAAAGCUCUGGAACCAAUUCUCACAAGUCACAUGCAUCUAUGUUUUAGCAGAUAUAGUUACAGUAUGUGAAAGAAUUGAACCAGAUCUAAUAUUUUGGUAUGAGCUUUCUUAUAAAUUGAACAUAAACUGGGCCAUUUUGGAUUAUCAAAUUAUGACAAAGGAGAUUACUUUUAUACAACAAAUGUUAAUCAAUUUCUAAUUGGUUUAAUCAGCAAAACAUAAUUGUUGAUACAUAAUUAUAAUUUUGCAAAAGCAAGUUCACUGAACUACAAUUUCCUGGGUUUCUUGGAGGAGUUUCAUAGCUGUUAAACUAGUAUGAAUCUAAUUCAAUAUGGUGGCUUUUUUAAAAAAUGCCAUUGUUGAUCAAGAAAGUCCUUCUCUAGCAGUCUUUGUAGAAUUGUACUUUGCACCCAGUGAACAUAAUACAAUUGUAUAGUCUCUUGCUUAUCAUGUAUUUUAAGAAAAUGAAUGGUGAUAAGGUUCACGCAUAUGUCUGUGAAUCCAUGUAAUAUAUCUGCUCACUAUUUUGGUAUGCAUAGCUUUGAAACAUUUCUAUAUCAUCUUCUUGAGAAAUAUUGGUAAUCCAAAUUAACUGUAGUUCAACAUACUAAAAAAUCCUAUUCUCUUUUAUCUGAGUCUAUAGUUUUUUUGGGGGGGGGAAUGUAUAGGAGACCGAAUAAAAUUACUUCCAUAUUUCAACACUCUUGCAAAUUGGAGGGGUUAGAAAUGUUAUACAUGCCUGUAGAUCUGUCUGCCAGUCUGCCUUUUUCCAUCCAAUGAGCGAGGGAUGUUCCUCAGUUUUAGAAAGCCAUCAGUGCCUUUGUGAGAAUAGCAGCCAUUAUGCCAGCUCCCUUUAUUGUUUUAGCAUUCCGCUAACCAGCAUGGCUCUCACAAAGCAUAGACUACCAUGUUAAAAAUGGAUGUGAAGAGAACAAUCAACAAAUAUGUUUUAUGUAAACACUUACAAUUUGAUAGAUAUAUAAUGUUAAUGACUUUUCUAAUAUUUCUUUUCUAUAUUUUUGAGACUUUUAAAAGUCUUUAUCAUAUGUGAGGGUUUAUUGUUUUGUUACAUUAAUUCUUUAUAAUAUUCUCCUUCAACAAAAAAAGACUAGUGAAAUAAUUGCAGUCUGUUGUAAUAAUUAUCUGACCAUAAUGUCACCUAAACAAUACAAAACACAUUCACAUAUAAAGCCACAGUAAUGGUGAUGAUAAUAGCAAUGAUGAUAUUUUUAUUAUUUAUUUAUUUAUUUGUUUGUUUAUAUCCUGCCUUUUAUUCCUUUUAGAAUCCACAUCUUCCUCCUUCUAUUUUGCCAACCACAACAAUAAUCCUACGAGGUGAUUUGAUCUGAAAGAGAGUAAUUGGUCCAAGUUCGCUCAAUUGGUUUUCAUAGUUAAGGCAGGACUUGAAGUCACAGUCUCUUGCUUUCUAGCCUGAUGCCUUAACCCAGGCAUAUCAAACUCACGACAUCACAUGACAUCACAUGAUGUAUCAUGACUUUUUCCACAUUGUCAGCAAUGGGAUGGGUGCGGUUUUGUCGUUACGCAUCUGGCCCGCCGGCUGACAGUUUGACAUGCCUGCCUUAACCACUAAACCAGGGGUAGGCAACCUUGGCUCUUUUAUGACUCACGGACUUCAACUCCCAGAAUUUCUGAGCCAGCCAUGCUGGCUCAGGAAUUCUGGGAUUUGAAGUCCACGAGUCAUAAAAGAGCCAACGUGCCUACCUCUGCACUAAACCAAACUGGCUCCUAUAUAAUUAUAUAGUCACAACUGCAUAGUGAGUACACCAGAUGGAGAUCAGUUUGCCUAGAACCCUUUAUGGAGGAAUAGCAACAUCUCAAAAGCAAUUUUCAGCAGCUGUAACAAAAUUAACAAAAGUCAGCUUAUCGGAAUUGUAGUUCAGCAGCAAACAUUCACAUACGUGAGCUAAAAUAAACAUGCUAAAUUCCACAUUUAGCAUAUUUACUAUUUCUAAAUUCUUAUUUAGUCAGUUUUAGUAUGUUAUAGCACAGUAAAAGGAGAAUUAUUGUUGUGGUGAUGUGGCCAUCUUUUCCUUUCUGUGAUUUAGUCUAAUAAGUUACAUGUUUAGUUCCCUACUAAACAAGCAAAUGUCCAAAUUAUCUAGUUAGAUCCAACCAUCUGUACUACCAAAAUUUACAGAUAACAUUAGCAUGAUCAAUUUUUCCCUUAUUCACAAUAUAUGAUAUUUUCACAGAGCUUUUAGCUCUGAGGUAAAAAUUGUCCACAAAUAGCUAUUAUAGCUAUUAUAAAUUGACUGUUGCAUUACUAAGUUAUUAAAAUGCCUUUUUGAUGAACAUCAAGAAUAGAUGGCACUGAAAAAUCUAAAAUGUACUGCUAUGUCUUGAAGUUCACUGAGUAACUUUGGGUUUAGGACAAAAAACAACCACAGCUAUUGGUACCAUAUUUCAGUAUAACACUGGGUGGGAGAGGUUCUAAUGAUGUCUAUGAGGGAUGGCACUUGAGCUGCUAUGUCUUGCCACAGCAUAUGGCAGUGAUGGCAAACCUUUUAGAGACUGAGUGCCCAAAAACUGCCCCACCCCCCACCCCGCCCACCCACAGGGCCACUCACCACUUCCACGGCUCGCAGCAGAUCGCCCAGGUGGCCCAGCAGCGCCAUGGUGGCUACGCCCUCCACACUCCACGCAUCAUCUGUGCGUGACAGGGCAUGAGAGUGGAGUCUUGCACCCGCUGCCUGGCUGCCAUUUGCUUGGUUGUGCUGCUCCACAUCAUCCACACUGGGGAGCAACUCUCCUUCAGGGAGGAUACUGGUGAGGAGGGGGCUGCAGGGGGAGGUGGGGCUGGAGCAACAGCAUGCGUGCCCACAGAGAGGCUCUGAGUACCGCCUCUGGCACGUGUGCCAUAGGUUUGCCACCACUAGCAUAUGAUGAUCUGGUAGUUACAGAGAAUUAUCAACCACUGAUAUUCUUACUACUCACUGACACAUUGCCUCCUUUAACAAUAAGAUAUGGUACAGCCCACUUAUGUGAUCAGUUAAGACACACAUAUGUCUUCUGCACAUACUUGUUUACUUAUCUUUAGAAAUUUCAACUGCUUCUGACAUAGUUAUAACACAUUUAGGUGACUAAUUUUGUUUUGUUUUAUUUUGUUCAAGUAGGCACAGAGAAUAGAGAAUGAGUAGAUUGAAACAAAUUGCUCCAUUUCUAUAAAGCUGAGAACAGGAACUGACCUAGCUUUUAUGGCUUUUCUAUCCCUCAUUUUAAUCCUGAAUAUCAAAAAGGACAGCUAUAAUUUUAUAGCUAAAUUAUACAUGUGUGUGCCUGCUUCACAUAUUUGAAAGAUCACAUCUAUCUAUGUCCCAAGCAUUACUAAACUGGAAUGUGAUUCACAUUAAUCCAUUUUAUGCACAUUUUUAAAAAUUUAUACAAACAUUACAAAGUGAGAGGAAGAUUUCUAUUUGUGAUUGCAAAAUAUACUUGGUAACAUCCAUAUAUCACCUAUGAAAACCUGGUAAAAGCCAGGAAUGGCCAUAGUGAUAUCUAUUAGCACAUCUACUGAAGACACAUGGCUGGACUACUGACUUCAGUGGAACAGGAACAGAAAAAGAUGGAGUCAAACAAUGAAUUAAGAUGCAUGUCCGUAGCACUGUGGGAGUUAUUUAAGUUAUGGCAAUAAAUGCUUUCUGUAGAUUAUGUCUUUAAAAAAGUAUGAACUGUCCCAGCCUUAACCUAGUCAGUCUUCUCCUUUUUACUUUUUAUUUACUUUUUAUUAUAAACUGUUUUAUGGCACUGGCUCCAUUACAAAUAUUGCUGGGAAACUAAUUCUGCAUUAGAGAUUAGGAGGAAACAAUUAGAAAAAUGAAAUCACCUACUAUAAAAUCUCCCAAGCUGAUAAAUAGGAAAUAAAUGUAACAGGGGCAACUGAAACAAAUACAACAGAGCAGUGCACAUUAUAAUUCUGUUUAAAGUAUAGUAAUUAUUCCUAAACUUCCAUCUGUGCUAGUAAUUAUGCAUGUAACAUUUUGUGAAUAUUUUAGAUUUUGGGCAGGGGGAAAGGAAGGAUUCCUAAGUGACCAUUCUUUUAUACCAUCACAAACCUCUGAGUUUCUUAAGGGAAAUAAUGCCUUUUAAAUCAGUGAUAACACCUCUACCUCCUCUUUGAAGAAAAGGAAAAUAGGAAAAAAAUAGGCAAUUAAGCCUAAAAGAAAAAGGGGGGGGGGAAGGCACUAAGAGUGAUAAUCACAUAGACAAUGAUUUUUUCUCUGUAAAACUUGGUAAGAUCAGGAAUCGGGUAUUUUUACAGUGUUGAUUUUAUAUAAUCAAUCAUUUCUUUAAAAUGACUAUGGAAAUGGGAGAAAAUGCACUGUACUAUAUUAACAUCAUGUCCUAAUUUGGCAAAGUUAGGAUGUUCUGGUAAAUGGGAUUUUAGGGCCAUUGAUCUUUUUAUAUCAAGUGGAAUGCAUGUAUCAUGAGUGCCUGAUGCUAAAUCUCAGAACCCACUUUGCCUUCACCUCCUGAGCAGAAGAUCAAUAUAGUCAGACACUAUCUGUUCAUCUGAAAGUUCAAGAUUAACAUGCUUAGUAUGUCAUUUAUUGUCAAAAACAAACUAAAAGUAGUUCUGUGGACAGAAUGGGAGGACUUUGGACAGCUGAAUGAAGAACAACACUAGGUGACAAUGGGUAGGUCACUACAAAAAUAACCCAGACUGUUGAAGCACCAAAUAAGAUAAUCCCUAGACACCCUGUUCUAAACUCUCACAAAUUGUAGAUGGAAUGUGAUCAUAAAAUGGGGAUUUGUUUUAUUUAUUAUUUUUGUAAAAAGCAUAUUUAAUAUUACUUCCUCCUCCAAUUUUCUCCUCCACAACAACCCUUUGAGGUGGGCUGGGCUGAGAGAGAGUAAUUGGCACAAGAUCACUCAACCAUCUUUCAUGCCUAAAGCAGGACAAGAACUCACAAUCUCCCUGUUUCUAGACUGUAGCUUCAACUAUUAGACUAAACUGGAAUUUCAUUUAUUGAGAAAGGGGAAAAAAGUUUUAGAUGUUGAGUUUCUUCAGGUGUAAAACUUAGUGAAAAAUGGUCAACUCCUGCUGAAUAUUUUAUGCAAAAUAAAUCCUUCCAGGAAAGAUGAUAAUGCAUGCUAAACCACUUCAUUUCAUUCAAAAAUACACAGAAACUUUUAUUAGUUUUUUGGUAAUGAAAAUAAUUAGGACAAAGUGUUGGUAGAGAAGGAAGACUGCAAAUAUGCUGGCUUCCAUUUUAUUGCUAAAUGUAUAGAUAUUUUUAUGGAAAUGUUUAUAAGUGUCCUUUGCAUUGUUCUGUUCUAGCUUUUUAUUUUGCACAUUGACUAAUCAUAGUUAUUUAGAAGUACAAAAUAGCUGCAGACCAGACCAUCAAUUCUAGGCUACAUGGGAAAUAUUUUCUUUGAGAAGGCAAGCUUGCUCAUGCACCAGCAAUUUGCAUGUUCUGAAUUUUUCUUUAAACUCAGUCUUUUCCUUUUUAAGUUAAUGCCUGCCCCUCAGACUACCUUUCUGAGGAAUCCAGAAAUAAGAUAACCUUAUGUCUAGUGCAGAGGUAGUGUCACAAUCCAGGAUUCAGGUGUAGUAGAUUCAUUAUAGAAGCUUUCUCAGGCAUUCAUUCUACACAUUCAUUCUAUAGUUCCUUUUCAUAAUGAACUGGAAUUUUGUGAGGCUAAGGUGCUUUUAAUCUUUGCUUAGCAUCACUAUUUGCAUAGAACUCUUGUUAGAUAAGAAUUUACUGGGGUUGAGUUAAAAUGAGCAGUAGUCUAUACUUGAAAUAAGUAUUUUUCUGAAUGAGUUUUCAGGCAGCAAAAGUUUUCCAUUUCAGUAGCCUUUUUACUUGCCCUCUUUUAGCCUUUUGAUUUUCUCUUUUGUCCAGUAUUUUCAGAACAAUGGUGGGAUUUUUAGAAUUCUGUCAUCUACUAGCUAUAACAUGGACUGUAUAUUAAUCAGAUGAUACAUAUGUUGAAGUAGAUUUGGAUCAAUUGUGCAUGGAGUCUCUUAACUCUGAUGAACAUAGAAUAAUGAACACAUUUAACACAUUAGCUUAAUUUUCCAGAAAUGUUUGAGAUUCAGUUGGUUUUUCAAUGAUACUGCCAUGAAGAGCUGAUAAAGAAUUAAAAAAAAAUUAACUCAAGAUCUCACAGAUUUUUUUAAAAAAGGAAAAACUUAUCUCAAACCCCAUGUUUUCAGCAUUCUUCAAUAAAAGAUCUGAUUAGUUCUUUUCUUUAAGGGAAUAAAUUCACAUUGUGCAAAAUUUAUGCCUUUUUAUCUAUCAGAAUGUGGCCUCUUCAUACAACUAGAUUUAAGAAUAUUAGAUAUCUUGGAUUCCUCCAGUUCUGGGCAUGUCUUCUAUAAAAUGUUUGUUCUAUUAUGCUAUAAUAAUCAUGCCUACUUCAGUACACAAGAAUAAUUUAAAAAUAUGUCUCUUUUAGGGGAAUGGUUUGUAAAUUUCUAAAGAGUGUAACUCUGUAAGGCCUUAUCUGAUAUAUGUAAAAGUACA